AUGCACAAAAAGGAAUUGGAUCAGUUACUGGACAUUAUAUCAAUUGAUGGGCAUCGUUGUUCUGAGUUUCUUGUUAACAGUCACAAUUUCAUACUGCUGUCAAGUAAAGUAAUACUUUGUCGAAUUUUACUACUGUAUUUAUUCUCAUUUUUCCAUUCAACAUACGCCUCAUUAGCUAGCUGCCGCUGUGUACAUUUUAAUUUUUCCUCUGGGAUUUUCCAGUCACCAAAUUUUCCAAAUGCUCCUUUGUCCUCAUCACUGUUAUCAUCAUCGUCAUCAUUACUACCUCUACAAUACUCUUCAGCAAACAUUCCACAUUUAUGUUUACUAUACAAAUUUACGGCUCCAAAUGGAUAUAUCAUUGAAAUAACCUUUGAUUACUUUCAUUUUUCAUCACGAACUGAUCGAUGUUUUGAUUAUUUAAGGUUGUUUGAUGGCAUAUCCCAUGGACUCAUUGACGAAACAAGCGUGUAUAGUGCUGAAUUUUGUGCCAAAGAAAUUGAAUUUGGGCAGAGAUUCUAUUCGUACUCGAGAUAUUUCAUUUUUCAUCUGCACAUAUCCAACUUAUCCAAAGGAUUCCAUGGAAAUUAUAAUUUUGUCUCUAAAGAAAAAUUUUUAUCGGAUGCUACUGAAAUUGAACCUUGUCGCUUUCGAGUAGAUAGUUUGACUGGCAAUAUCUUUUCUCCAAAUUAUCCAUAUUUUUAUCCUUCUAAUGCUAACUGUACUUUCUAUUUGACCUUUCGUCGGGAAUUUAAUCUUGAGAUUUCCCUCAAGUUUAUCAACUUAAGACGUGUGUGUCAUGAAGAUUUCAUUGAUAUUUAUCAAAUGCAUCCGAAGGUGCAUCUCGAAAAACUGUGCUAUGAUUCGAUGCCACCUUAUCGCAUUUAUUCAAGACGAGGAUUUAUCAUUGAGUUUCGUAGCGGCGAUAACAAUAAAAUUAAAGCUCGUGGCUUUCACAUAUCUUACGAAUAUAUAGGCCAACAAGGGCUGCGAAAGACAACUAAUGAGAACAAAUGGAAAAAUGACUUGAUUUCUAACCCAUAUGGGUAUGAUCCAGAUUCAGUUCCGGAUUCUGUUUUGCAUUCUGCAGAAUCUUUGGCCUUCAUUAAUUUUCUCAACGAUGCCAUUCCGAUAAAAGGACAGUGUCCAGUGCGAAUUAGUUCACCGUCUGUAGCAGUAACGGAACACUCCCGACUUCCUUCCAUCUCAGGCAUCCUUAACUCAACUCAUUUCAUUGAUGGCGAUGAUCCUUUCAAGUGUCAGUUUAUAUUCUUAGGAAGUGGUACUGAACGAGUUCAGAUAACUUUCUUCUACUUCAAUUUAUACUCUCGUAUGCCUCAUUUGAACAAUCUCUCAUCACAUAGAUGCGACGAGAUGGAUCAUCUCUCUGCGCAUGUACUCAUCGGCACACGCAUGUCACGUAUCGAAGACUUUUGUGGCACAGAGACUCCUCCACGGUUGAUGUCUACUAAAAACUUACUAACUCUCGAUUACGUUGUCCGAUCUACGGGCGCGAUGAGACGUAUGAUGGGACAUGCUGAGAAGUACGGAUUCGUUCUAAGGUAUCACUUUCGAUCUGAUCUUGGCUUAUCGGAUAUGAAUGCUGAAUCAAGAAAGGAUUCCAAUGGAUGCAAAGUAAUUGUCAGACUUUCAGCCUGUUACUAUGAAUUUAAUUCAUCACAUCGUACUUCGGGUGAUAUUUUUUCACCAAAUCAUCCCGGGUAUUACCCACGUAACAUUGACUGCCAUUAUAUAUUUCACGGGACUGAGAAGCAAAUUGUUGCCAUUCAUUUUGAAUAUUUCGAUGUCGAAGGCUUUGCUACGUAUAAAUGUGAUGAUAGUACGCACAGCGAUUACGUUCUAUUCAGUAACUACCAAACACAUGACCGCACUAAUCGCCGGUAUUGUGGGCAGGUUUGUCCGAGAAAUUCAAUUGUUAGUGAAUCCAAUUAUUUUCGAAUGUUAUUUCGAUCUAAUGAUAUCUUUGACGCCACCGGAUUCUACGCACAUUACCAAUUUAUUACAGAGCGUAAGUUUAUCAAAAUGGCAUUAUUAUUUCCGGUGCGAAUGAGAUCCUUUCAAAAAAUAUUUAAGAGCAAUUAA